CUAUUACCUGUGGAGUGCCCCAAGGAUCCAUUUUGGGGCCACUUCUUUUUAAUUUAUAUAUGCGACCUUUGGGAGACAUUAUUAGGAGACACAAUGUUUCAUUUCAUUUAUAUGCUGUUGAUACCCAGUUGUACAUACCAUUGAAAGCUGGCGAUACUAUUCAACUCUUAUUGGCCUGCCUUGGGGACAUCAAGAAAUGGCUGUCCAAUAGCUUUCUUCGACUAAAUGAAAAUAAAAUGGAAGUAAUCGUCUUUGGUCCCCCUAAGUUGAGAAGUGGUCUUAUGAAUGAGCUUGGCAAGCAUUUCCCCUCCCAGGUUAGGAAUCUUGGUGUCAUUCUGGAUUCUGAACUUUGCUUAACUAAGCAAACUAAUACAGUUGUCAAGAACAUCAUCUCGAGACUGAAAUCAUUUUUAACUUUUAAUGACCUGGAGAAAGUCAUUCAUGCUUUUAUUACCUCUCGCCUUGACUACUGUAAUUCAUUAUAUCUGGGUCUUCCUCAGUCAUCCAUUGCACGCUUACAGAUGGUACACAAUGCAGCUGUGAGACUGUUGACCGGGGCAAAGAAAACAGAGCACAUUACACCAAUUUUAGCCUCUCUUCAUGGGCUUCCUGUCUAUUUUAGAAUUCAAUUUAAAAUUUUGUUGUUUGUUUUUAAAGCUCUUAAUGGUCAAGCCCCAUAUUAUCUCUCGGUUCAUCUUAUUCCUUCUUCAUCCUCCAGAUCUCUAAGAUCUUCUGAUAGAGCUCUCUUGGUUGUCCCUCGUUCACGUUUAAAAACGAAGGGUGAUAGUGCUUUUUCUAUUGCGGCCCCCCGUCUCUGGAACCAACUUCCACUGGACAUUCGCCUUGCACCUUCCAUUACAACUUUUAAAAUGAAGUUGAAAACAUAUCUUUAUUCCCAGGCAUUUUAAAUGGAUUUUGUCUAUGUUUUAUUGUUUUAUCUGUUUUGUUUAUUUUAUGUUUAUGUUUAUGUUUAUCUUUGACUUUGUUCAGCACUUUGGUCAGUUCUGCUGUGAUAAAUGUGCUAUAUAAAUAAACUUUACUUACUUACUUACUUACAAACAUAUUUUUCAUAUCAUGACCUGAUCAUAUCGUAUCCACACAGUAAUGAAGCUUCUCUCCUGCCGCAGGUCUCUGUGUACUCUGGUCUGUAAGUGGACGUAUUCCCCGUCUGAAGGGUGGGACGACACCUUCUGGAGCGCCGUCGGCCUGGAGGACCUGAUGGAGAACAGUUACUCUAAGAUCGGUGAGCAGACAUGUUGUCCCGGGACUCCUGUAGGACGAGGACUGACCGCAGACGCCGCUGCAGAUCUGGGCCUGAGACCGGGGACGGCUGUGGCCGCUUCGCUCAUAGACGCUCACGCAGGAGGGUUAGGGGUGAUCGGGGCCGAUGUGAGCGGACACCAGCUGCCCUGUGAAGAGCAACCGGUCACGUCCCGUAUGGCGCUCAUCUGUGGGACGUCCUCGUGUCACAUGGCUGUGAGCACGCAGCCGCUGUUCGUCCCCGGGGUCUGGGGCCCGUAUCUGUCCGCAAUGCUGCCGGGACUGUGGCUGAAUGAGGGCGGUCAGAGCGCCACGGGGCGACUGGUGGACCAUGUGGUGAAGGGACACGCGGCGUACGGUCAGCUGAGAGAGCAGGCGGAGACGAGUGGGAAACACGUUUGCUCCUGCCUGAACCUCCAUCUGCAGCACAUGUGUGGAGACGCAGCACAUCUGGAGCAGCUGACCGCCGGCCUGCACAUCUGGCCUGAUUUCCACGGCAACCGCUCUCCUCUGGCCGACCAGACGUCACGGGGCUUGGUUGUGGGACUCACUUUAUCACAGACGCUGGAUGAUUUGGCUCUGCUGUAUCUAGCAACUCUUCAGGCCAUCGCUCUCGGCACCAGACACAUCAUAGAUGCCAUGAGAGAGGCAGGACAUGACAUCACAACCCUCUUCCUGUGCGGGGGGCUGAGCAAGAACGCUCUGUUCGUACAGACACACGCCAACAUCACGGGGCUGCCGGUGGUCCUGCCGGCCGAACCAGAGGCUGUGCUGCUGGGAUCUGCUGUGAUCGGAGCCUGUGCUUCAUCUGACUGCGGAUCCAUACAGGAAGCAAUGAAGAAGAUGACCAGAAUCGGGCAUGUGGUCAGACCAAACCCUGAGCUAGAAAGCUUUUACAGAAGGAAGUACGCCGUGUUUCUGCGUCUGUACGAUCAUCAGAAGGAGUGUGUGGCGCUGAUGGAGGAUGAUGGAGUUUGACAUAGAUUAAACACAAGAGUCUUGACAUGAAGACUGCUUCAAAUGACCAAAAACACCAGAUUUUCAUGAAUCUGUCCUUUAUCUGAACAUUAUAUGUGUUCAGCCCUUUACACCUGCACAGGUAUUUUACACAAAUGAGCAGGAGUGAGGAAACUAUCACCAGAUAAAACCAGUCAAAACCACUUUUGUGUUCGACCAUAACUGGAAUCAGUGUUGAAAUAUGCAUUUCAGAGCAAUAAAAGUCUUUUUAAAAUCA